UACGAGGUGAGUGGAGGGAAGGAGUUAAUUUUAACUUUUUUUUCCCUACCAAAUCCCUUAUCAUUAUCGCAUUCGCACAACGCCUGAGAAAAUUUUCAACGCUUUGGUUCAGAACAAGCACUACGCUACGGUUUGGUUUCAACUUUAAGAACAGUCAAACUAGGUUUUGGGGUUGUAUCCAAUGUGUUUACUUCUAUUUCUAACAUUUUGAUCAAAGCCCAUGCCAUGUGUAAGAAGAAUUAUGUCUAUGGAGGGUGCACUCCAGGUGCUCGAUCAAAUGCCUGUGCCUAAUUUGGUUACUUUUUUCGUAGUGUAAGCCGAACCCAUGACUAUUCUUUGUCUUUAGUUCACAGAUUUGGUUAUAGUAGGCGGACGAAUCAUUCAUCAUUUAUUGGAUGGAUUCUUCUUCUUGUACAAACAAUACUAACACCAAUAAUAAUAAUAAUAAGAAGAAGAAGAAGAAGAAGAGAGGCAGUUGUUAUUGCAUGAUCUUGCCUCCUCAUCCUCCUCCCAGUAAGAAAAACAAAUCCGGAAAGGCAGCAUUGCUUCAUCUCAAACCUCUCAUCUCCACAUCUGAGUCUUCAUCCCACUCUUCCAUUUCCAUCUCUCUUGAGCCAAAUCGACCUUUCACCAUUGGUCGCAGCACUCGCCACUGCAAUUUAGUCUUUGAUGACCGCCGUGUCAGCAACCAACAUUGCUUCAUUCUCUUCGAUGCUUCCCUUCUUAAGCUCUAUCUUCUUGACGGGUCUUCUUUGAAUGGAGUUUUUGUCAAUGGGGUUAGGAUUGGAAAACCCGAGGAAUUGUCUGCAGGCGAUGAGGUUCUCCUUAUUUGCGCCAAAAAUCAGUGUCUUCGCAUUGGUUUUAUUAUUCUAAGCAUUGUUUUUGAGAAUAAUGUGGAAGAGGAUAUGCUUGUUGUACAAGCGUGCAGCAAUAAUCGAAAAAUUAACAAAAGGAUUGUCGCUUAUAAUCCCAUAGUUGGAAGGGUAGACUCUCUUCUAACUCGCUGUAGAAACAUAUUACAGAGUCAUGACCCCAUUUUGCAUUUAUGUGGUGCUGCUAUUUACAAUGACAAUACGACUGAUAUUUCAUCAUUGAAUUCUUUGAGCAAAGACAACAAUGCUCCUCAUUUUGUUCCACCACCCGGGAAGAGUUUUUAUUUGAAUCGCCUUGAAUUUAUGCACCAUACUCCAUUGAGUCAUAAUCCUGUUGUUUCCUUGCUGGAACUUCUAUACCCUGUGGAAAGCCUCUCACGAUUGUUUAUUGCGACAUUUACAAGCGACAUCUUAUGGUUUUUAUCAUAUUGUGAGAUUCCUUUCCAUCUGCCAGUUACAAUUGCAUGCCAUAACACUGAGAGAUGCUGGAGUUCAGGCCCUGAUAAAAGAUCGUCUAUUCCAUACCCGGAAUUUCCAAACUUAGUUGUAGUGUAUCCCCCAUUCCCUGAGGCUAUAGCUUUUGGUAAAGACUGCAAGAAACAAGGCAUUGCUUGCCAUCAUCCAAAAUUGCUUGUUUUACAAAGACAAGAUAGUAUUCGUGUUAUCAUUACUUCUGCUAAUUUAGUGGCAAACCAGUGGAACAGAGUGACAAAUACAGUUUGGUGGCAAGAUUUCCCUCGCACAAGUUCACCUGACUAUUCAUCCCUUUUUAGCCAUAUUUAUCAUGGGGAUACAAAUAAAGAUUCAAAACCUGACUUUGCUGCUCAGCUGGCUGGAUUUAUGGCGUCGCUUUUGACUGACGUACCCAGUCAGGCCCAUUGGAUUGUUGAGUUGACAAAGUAUGACUUUGGAGGGGCUAAGGGACAUCUAAUUGCUUCAGUACCCGGGAUUCAUUCUGACAGAGUUCCCUCUAUGAUUGAAACCAUGCAAUUCUUACCUGCUAAUCAAGCAUUUAGUGUGAAAUUCCUUGGUUUAGUUGAAGCAUCUGUUGUUGGUUUAAGUCACCUAUUUCGAACUGCAGCAGACUCAAAUGGUGCACAGCUUAAGAAACUGGCUGCUUCUCUGAGGAAAUCUUGUGAAAAAGCAUAUGGGGUUUUGGAGAUUCUUUUAAUAAGAAACAAAAAUGUGCCUGCAGAUGCAAAUGCUGUGAGCGUUUUUGUUCCUAAUCCCAAUGAGUUCUCAAAGGGAGAUUGCAUGCAGCUUGGCUUUCUGCCUAGAAAUGUUGCAAAGUGGGUUUCUCCACUCUGGGAUAUUGGAUUCUUCAGAUUUUCUGGAUAUGUUUGUCCUAAAGAAGCCCUUGCAGCUGCUUUAGGCAGAAACAGUGUGAAAGUACAAUUGAUACUGCAUGUGUCUCAGGGGCCUCAUUUUCAAGAUAUAUCAAGAAUGAUGCAACCUGAACAUGUGAUUUCAUUAUGCUCUCUCAUUGCUUCAGUUCAAAGGUGUUCAGGCUUAUGGCGAUUGCAGGAGGUCUUAGGUCAAUAUAAAUGGCCAGAAUCAUUAGAGUCUGAUUUUAUCUAUGGUGCAUCCUCCAUUGGGUCAUCAAUGAGUUCACAAUUUCUAGCUGCAUUCUCAGCAGCUUCUGGAAAGAGAUCAUUGCAAUCCUUUGAGUCUGAAGAGUCCGAUCCAGAGUGGGGCUGCUGGAGUGCUAGUCAAGAAUCAAAAUGUCCAUCCAUCAGGAUCAUUUUUCCCACAAUUGAACGGGUGAAAAAUGCAUGUAAUGGAAUCUUGCCUUCAAAACGCGUUCUUUGCUUCUCAGAGAGAACAUGGCAAAGGUUGAGGACUGCAAACAUACUUCAUGAUGCUGUUCCUCAUCCCCACGAUAGAGUAGGACAUCCAAUGCAUGUCAAGGUGGCACGGAGACGCUUCCAGUCUAAGAUGGAUGCACCUUCAUCUGGCUGGGUUUACUGUGGGUCACAUAAUUUCAGUGCAGCUGCUUGGGGACGACCAAUUUCCAAUUCAGGUAGUCAAGCCAAUAGACUUGAGAAGGGCAACUCUUCUUUGGGUUUGAGGCUUCACAUAUGCAACUAUGAACUUGGGAUCAUAUUCAUCUUUCCCCCAACAAAGACAAAGGGCGACACUGGCGAAAACUGUUCAAACUUGGAUGAUGUUGUUUUGCCUUAUGUUGUGCCUGCUCCAAAAUAUGGUUUCAAAGAUAGGCCAGCAACAAUGCAGGCUAUGAGGGAGGCAUUAGCUGAACUUACUAAGCAAGAGAGAGAAAAAUUUGCAGAAAUAAUUGCUACAGAAGAAAUGGUGGAAGAGAUCUUGGAUGAAGAGGAGGCGGAAGCAAUUGAGGAAACUAGUUAUGUUGUAGAGGAGAAGGAAGAUGAGAAGGUUUAUGCGGAGCAGUUGUGGAGCCAAGUUGACUCAUCACAGAGUUGCUGAUGCUGAAUAAUUAUUAUUAUUAUUAUUAUUAUUAUUUAUUUUUUAUUUUAUAUAAGAUAGAAUUUCUAUUCUAGCCUAAUCUAAGUGUAUAUAUGUAUAAAUCUCCUUCUUGGAAACUUGAAUCCCGGCUCUUGUCCCCCACACUCCAUAAGUAUUUAUAUUUGUAGAGUGAUCACCGCACCAAAGGUGCGCGGUGGCACCGAAUAAUUAUUAAGGGAAAGAGUUUUGAGUCA